UCAACAACAACUGAUUCAAGAAAACCUUUUCAUCACUUUAAGCUAAACAAAGAUGGCUGCGCUCAACAACACCUUCCUCCUCUCUCUGAUGAUAACAUUGUGUUUAGCAAGCAUCAACACCAGCUCCGCCACUCGCCGCCUCCUGCAAAUUCCUGGUGCCCCACCGUUGCCGGCGAUGCCGACAAUUCCCUCUCUGCCUCAACCACAAAUGCCAUCCAUUCCUAACAUGCCAACCACCACACUUCCACCUUUGCCCGCCUUCAACUUGCCUAACAUGCCUCUCCCUACCUUGCCUUCCGCCCCAAAGCUCACUCUUCCUCCCCUGCCGGCUAACAUCCCUCUCCCAACUUCAUUUCCCAACAUGCCAGCUAUUCCAACUCUUUCUCCACCUCCAUCAAACUGAUUUAAUCAAUUUUCGGCGCGCUGUCCACCUUUCAUCAUUUCUUAUAUCAUACCGAUUCAGUUGUACUGAAUAUUCAUGUUAGACCAGCACGAGUAGCUCAGUUAAUGGGUUCUUGAGAGACAGAUUGUGGACAAGACUUUGUUGAUCUCAAGAUAUUAUAAACCAUUUACUGUUGUUAGUGCAUGCUUUAGUUUGUCAUUAAUAUAUAUAUUGCAUUUGUUUGUAUAUCGGCCUGUAAUUUUCUUUGCUAGUGUACGUUCAUUGAUUAUGCGAGUGUAAUAGUGUUGACUGUUUGUUAUAUACAGUACACAAGAUUUCCUUUCAUUCUCAA